UUUACAAAAUCUAAUUGUUUCUUUGGGCAAACUUAAGUUUCCCCAAGUGACAAAUUAUGAUUUCAUCUCGGAUUUCUGUUUCCAAAUGUCAUCCUUGUUAUUCUGUACGGCUUCAAGUUCCUAUAAAUUGUAUUAUGCGCCUAUAAAAUCACUCGAUGUUGUGGUUAUUGAUGAAGCUGCGCAGUUGAAGGAGUGUGAGUCCAUUAUACCACUCCAACUUCCCGAUCUAAGGCAUGCUAUUCUUGCAGGAGAUGAGUACCAGCUACAGGCCAUGGUGAAAAGUCAUAUUUCAGCGAGUGUUGAUUUUGGCCGAAGUUUAUUUCAGAGAUUAGGUUUGUUAGGCUGGUCAAAACACCUACUAAACAUGCAGUACAGAAUGCACCCUUCAAUAAGUGCAUUUCCAAGGAGGAUGUUUUACAGCAACAAAAUUACUGAUGCACCUAGUGUGAAGAGUGACGGCUAUGAGAAACGUUACCUUGAAGGAUUAUUCUUUGGUCCUUAUUCAUUUAUAAAUAUUACAGAGGGAAAAGAAGAAUUUGAUGAUAAUGGACAAAGCAGAAAAAAUAUGGUUGAGGCAGCAGUUGUCCGGGCUAUAGUACUUCGUCUUUACAAAGGAUGGUGCAAAUCACCCUGCAAUAAAAAAGUUAGCAUUGGUGUAAUAUCGCCUUAUUCUGCACAGGUUAAGGCAAUUGAAAGAAUGAUUGGUCAGAGAUUUUCGAAUCUGGAAAAUUUUACAGUGAACAUCAAAUCAAUUGAUGCGUUCCAAGGUGCAGAGGAAGACAUAAUACUGCUAUCUUUGGUCAGAUCUAACAACUUUGGCGAAAUUGGUUUCUUAUCUAAUCCUCAACGACUUAAUGUUGCAUUAACAAGGGCAAGACAUUGCCUAUGGGUGCUUGGAAAUGGGAAGACUUUAGCCAAAGCCAACCUUAUUUGGAGGGAUUUUAUCACCGAUGCUAAAGAGCGGAAAUGUUUUUUCAAUGCUAAUGAAGAUGAAAAAAUAUCAGAAACAAUCAUUUAUGUUAAGAAGGAACUAGAUCAGCUGGAUGAUUUGCUCAGCGGAAAUAGUGUGCUUUUUCGUAAUGCAAGGUGGAAGGUUCUCUUUGCUAGUAAUUUCAUCAAAUCAUUUUCAAAGCUGCAAUCAAGCCAAACAAAGAUGCAUGUGUUUAAUCUUAUAGGCAAACUUUCAAAUGGAUGGCGACCAAGGAAAAUCAAAGUCGAUCCUCCUUGUGAGAGCUCUGUUCGAAUUGUCAAGCAAUUCAAAGUUCAAGGCCUCUAUGUCAUAUGCUCAAAUGACAUUGUUAAAGAAUCAGAAUAUUUCCAAGUUAUGAGGGUUUGGGAUAUUUUGCCAUUGGAAGCAGUGGCCGAAUUGGCUAAGAGAAUUGACAAACACUAUGGUUUAUUCACUGAAGAGUUUGUCAGAUGCUGCAAGAAAAAAUGUAUUGAAGGUACGCUGGAAGUUCCCGUAUGCUGGAGCAGCAACUCUAAUAUUGUUCGGUACAAGAGUUGCAGUGAUGCUGAGAGAACAAGUAUAUCAGAUGACGAUGAUGUCGCACCAAGAUGUAUUGACAAGGCAGAAGUCAAGGAGAGCUUGUUGCUAGUAAAAUUUUACUCUUUAUCUGUCGGUGUAGUGAAACACUUGAUUUCUGUUUCUGAUGGUAGGGCAUUAGAGCUUCCCAUGGAAGUGACAGACAACGAGUGGGAAAUAAUUCAUUACCCAAGAAGCUCUUUUGUGUUAGGAAGGUCUGGCACUGGAAAGACCUUGGUGUUAGUCACGAAACUAUUUCAGAAAGAACAACUAUAUCACAUGGCUUUGGGUGGUUCUGAUGAGGUACAUGGCGAUGCUUCCUUGUGUGAUGACCCAUCAAUUAAGCUUGAGGGUAGAAGCGCUAUUCUGCGACAACUGUUUGUAACAGUUAAUCCGAACUUGUGCCAUACAGUAAAACAACACAUCUCCAAUCUUCAAAGCACUGUUCGUGGAGAAAUCUUGAAUAAGGAAACCUGCAUCCAAGUUUAUGAUGAGACGCAACUAUUUGAAGAUAUUCCUCACUCUUUCUGGGAGAUCCCUGCUGAGUCAUAUCCUCUUGUGAUAUCUCUCAAGAAGUUCCUGCUCAUGCUGGAUGGUACAAUAGGUACCUCAUAUUUCCAUAGAUUUGUGAAAACUAGACAAACUUGUAGCUUAAAAUCAGUUGAGCUGCAAAUGAUGGAAAGGAAAGAAGUAAGCUUUGAUAAGUUUAGUGUCUCAUACUGGCCUCACUUCAAUUCGACUCUUACAAAGGAUCUUGAUCCUUCAAGAGUUUUCACUGAAAUACUCUCUUGUAUAAAAGGUGGAAUAAAAGUUGAACAGGGUAGACUCACUUUAGACAGUUAUAUUCAAUUGUCUGACUGCAAAAAGUCAAGCUUAAGUAGGAACGAGAGGGAGGCCAUAUAUGGUAUAUUCUUGUGCUAUGAGAAGAUGAAGCUUACAAGAGGUGAGUAUGAUUUGUCUGAUGUAGUGAAUGAUCUUCAUCAUCGGUUCAGCCAUCAAAGGUAUGAAGGUGAUGCCUUGGAUUUUGUGUAUAUAGAUGAAGUUCAAGAUUGGACUGUGCGGCAACUUUCUCUUUUAAAAUAUGUUUGCAAGAAUGUCAAAGAAGGUUAUGUGUUUGCUGGUGAUACAGCUCAAACAAUUGCCCAAGGUGUAGAUUUUAGUUUUGAUGAGAUCAGAAGCUUUUUCUAUGUCAAUUUUCUCCAAGGCCCGUGUGUGAAAACUAGUAAACAGGAUCAAGGAAACAUCUGCCCAAUUUUUGUGCUGAAUCAAAACUUUCGAUCCCAUGCUGGGAUUUUAAAGUUAGCUCACAGUGUCAUCAAACUUAUCUACCAUUUCUUUCCAUACUCAAUUGAUAAGGUUAAUCCAGAGUUCAGUCUUAUUGAUGGAGAUGCUCCCAUACUGCUGGAGUCUGCAUCUGGUGAUGAAGAUGUUGUCAUGAAAAUCUUUCAGGACAAUAAAAAUGAUGGCAGGAAUACUGUCAUUUUUGGAGCUGAACAAGUUAUUAUUGUACGAGAUGAAAGUGUGAGAAAUGAAAUGCCAAGCCAUGUAAAAGGACAUGCACUUGUGCUCACGGUAUUUGAGUGCAAAGGCUUGGAGUUUAAGGACGUUCUCUUGUACAACUUCUUUUCAUCAUCACCUAUUAGAGAACAUUGGAGUGUAAUAUAUAAAUAUAUGCAAGAGAAGAACCUUGGCUCAUCAUUUCCACAUUUUCCAAAGUUCAAUCAUGCAAAACAUAGUGGUUUGUGCCAUGAAUUGAAGCAACUAUAUGUGGCCGUCACCCGAGCAAAGGAAAGAUUAUGGAUCUGUGAGAGCCAUGGUAGUCAUGCAGAACCUAUGGCUAAUUACUGGAAAAAAUUGAAUCUGGUCCGAAUUAGACAGUUUGACAAUUCAUUAGCUCAGGAAAUAAUAUUUCCCAGCUCUAAGGAGGAAUGGAAAUCGCAAGGUUUCAAGUUUCUCGAAGUAAGUAACUAUGAGACAGCGGCAGUCUGCUUUGGGCGAGCUGGAGAUACUUACUGGGAAAAAUACGCCCGUGCUACUGGCCUUAAAACAACCGCUGCUCAUAUGCGUGGCUUGAGUUCUGAAGCAGUCAAAAUGCUUACAGAAGCUGCUGAAAUCUUUCAAAGCCUAGAUAACAACAAAGAGGCCGCUAAGUGCUUCUAUGAUGCAGGCAAUUAUGAAAGAGCAGGUGAUAUAUAUCUGCAGCACUUUCAAAGUUCUGAGCUUGAAAAGGCUUGUCAUUGCUAUACCUUGGCCGGUUUUCAUGCACGUGCUGCGGAGAUCUAUGCUGAAAAUUACCUCUACAGAGAAUGUUUGCAUGCAUGUAAUACAGGAAAAUUGUUUAACUUAGGAUUGCAGUACGUACAAAGCUGGAAACAGCUGGCUCUUGAGGAGGGAAGCAUAGACUUGAUAACAUUUGAGCAAGAAUUCCUGAAGAGUUGUGCUCAUGCUUCCUAUAAGAAAAAAGACAAGAAAAAAAUGAUGAAGUAUGUUAAGAAAUUUAGCUCUCUUGAUUCAAUGAGGACCUUCUUAUGGAAUCAAGGGUGUUAUGAGGAGGGAAUUGACAUAGAGAUAGAAAUGGGCGAUAUUCAAGAGGGUCUAAGAAUCGCAAGAAAAGUAGGAUUAUUUUUACGUGAGGCAGAUUUAUUAGAAAAGGCUCAGAAUUAUGAGGAUGCUUCUAGGCUCUAUAUUUGGUACGUGUUUGGUAAAUGUUGUUGGGCAUCUGGUGGAAAAAAUUGGCUCGAAAGAGAUCUUUUGUUGAAAGAGGAAUUGUUGUCCAGAGCUGAAGCUUCUGCUCUCAAUGCUUCAGCUGAUUUUCACAAACAAAUUCAUACAGAAGUUCUGCUUUUGUCAACUCAAAGUACUGGGUUGUCUGAACUGGAGAAGCAGUUAGAAGUCUCCCAAAAAAGCGGGAAUUUGAAAUGGGAGGUCAUAUGUACUAGAAAAAUUCUUGAAAUCCUUCUUCAGACUCAGACUUCACCAUUUAAAUGGGAAUCUGACUCGCGAGAAAUGAUCUCAGGUGGCCAGGUCUCAGUUGAAAAACUGAUAUACUUUUGGUCAUCCUGGAAAGAGAAGAUUUUGACAACCUUGGAACACCUAAAGAGUUUACCAGCACAUGAUAAUCACUGGGACUUCUGUCUACAUUAUUUUGGCGUGCGAAAGCAUCCAAACACUGGUUACUUUAUGCUCUAUCCUGAUGCUGAAUGGGUGUCGAAAUAUCCGAAAAAGAAUAAUCAAAGACUUGGCACAGAACAUUUGGUGACUUCUAUUCGACAUUACUGGUUCAGAGUUACUCUCAGUUGGCUGUAA